ACUAAAUGUUGACCAAACGACUGAAUGUUUGAUUGUCUAGAUCACUGAGUCAAAUUUGAGUUUUUGUGUCAAUGUUGAUUGUAGUUUCAUGUCUUGAUGACCCGACAUAGUUCACCUACUUCUUCACCUUUUUCUGGUGUUAUCAAACAAUAAACAUUCAAUGUGUAACUCAUUCCUAUUUAUACUAUAAUAUUUCAUCCGACGUAACCAGCUAUUUUAUAGGGAUUAAAAAAAUAGUGUAUUUUAAUAAAGGUACUCAACAUACCGUAAAAAACAAAAACAAAAUGAAGUUUGAGUUGAUCUACAUUCUUGUUGCCAUGGCAAAGUUAACAUCGGGGGUACCUAUGGGCUUCGACGUCGAGUUUUGCAACAAAAAUAUGGGGAUCGUCACUAACAACGGAACGUAUGAGAAACAGCCUGUGUUUAUCGAUAACUUCCAUAUUGUGGUUGAACAGAAAGAGAUCCACAAGAAGUUAUUAAAUAAUAUUGAUGAAUACUUUUCCCAGCAUUCAGGACGUCUGUACGCGUCUCUCUUGUCCACUAGUUACCCAACACAGUACUGGGUGGAUGCUGGUCUGGACGAAGUUGUCAUGAAACCUCAGGACGAUGUCUGUAGCGAGAAAACAACAGAUUUCAUAGGCGAAGACGCCUACACAAUGUUUGGCGUGAUCAUAGGACCACAUGACUCGUUGGAAAUAAGUCCGCCUGCAGGAUUCUAUCACUGGAACGACCCAGGUCGACUUAAUAUAUCGUAUAAGGGAAGAGACACUUCUCGUGGUAUUAACACCACCAAAUGGUGGACCUGUGAGUAUGACUCCUACAGAUACGCUACAACAUUCACAGAGUGGCAUCUCGCAGAUAUCACCUCCUUUCAACUGCCCUAUGUCUCCCCUCAAGAAGAGAACCCUCCAGUUCUGCCUGUUAGUGCCGACAUCACGGGCGUGGUCAAACGAUUUCGACAAAAUGACACUUAUUUUCAUUUUAGAUAUGAUUUCACACAUGUGAGUAGAAUUCAACCUGACGAUGAACACUUUGAGAUUCCAGCUAAUAUGUUUUGUAUGAGAAUGAUCUACGAAGACGCCCAACUGCCGACCAUCCCAGAGUAUUUCAAGUUCAGAGGUGAACAGGUCAAUGUCAACAACACCAACGCUGAAGUGCCGGACUCGCCAGUCUUGACCUUAUCCAUAGAAGAGUAUAAUCAUCGCCUGGGACUGUAUAUCCAAGACAUUAUCUCCACUCCUGUACAGGCUUACAGUAUCAACGAUAAAGCUUACUUAAGAAUGGUGGAUGACUUUAAUACUGGGCUAUCCUAUCAGAUCAACUUGGAGUCGGGUGACUGCCAGGUCUCACCAAUCGACGGUCAGAGCGUUGAUACCAUUCGCAUGGGCAACGGCUUGGUUCAAAUGAGAGAUACUGCGGCAUUUUUUGACUUGAGUCCACAGUCAUACAGAUACAUUGGCAUACACGAGAAGCGAGGCAUCAAGUGUCGUGUAUGGACCGCUUUCUAUGGCCCUGAUCAGACGUUCGCAGAGUACAUGUCCCUCUACGCCUGGUACUUUGCCGAUCCCGAUUGGAUGAAAGAGAAUGGGUUUAGAGACAAGUUCAGUUUGCCUGUGGCUCUGGAAAUCACAAAAGGAAAUUCCUAUACAGAAUUCAACUUAUUCGAAUGGACAACUGUUGCCAGUUUAUCUCACCCAGACCUGUCUACUUGUUACGAUGUCAACCAGACCAUGAACAUUCAGAUGACUUUUAAAGCCAGAUUUGACCAGUACUACGCACCGGUUAAAACUGACUUUAGACAAGGAUUUUACUCAGCGCUGUUGAAGUCAACAAGCCUCGUUUCAGCAUUACGUAUUGCUGAUUUGGAUGUCCAACCUUCAUCGACCAAUCAGAUCACUGUCCAGUUCAAACUACUGGACAAGCUCAACAUUACUGGGGACGUGGUCAAUGCCACCAAGCAAGUGGCUAGUUCUGUCAUUUACCAGCAGCUGGUCACUGCAGUCGAUGCUGGGACUUUCUCAGUGGAUGUUGGAGCAGGAAAGGCCAGUGCUGUCAUCUACGCUGCGGUCAAUUCAACGUCGUUGGUGCCACCACCUCAUAUCCGUUUCAUUAAACCACCACCAAAACAGGAACAUUCUUCUACAGGCUUCUCGGCAGGUCUAAUGGCUGCUGUUGGAACUGGGUCUCUGGUGUUUGGACUCAUCGUCGGAAUUAGUCUGGUAGCUCUUGUGAAAAGGUGUCGGAACAUCAGGAGCAAUGAUGACCUCACGCUGGACAAACUGAGUGCUGACACCAAUUAAUAAACAUUGCUCUUUAACAUUUUCAUCAACUUCGUCAUUGUCACAAAACUAAAUUAAUGUCAAUCAUUGUCUAAUCGUAGUGGAAGCUCGCUUUCGGAUAAAAGUAGAAUUCCAUUUUUUUUAAAUCUUUAACUUUUUUAACGUACAAAUUAAAGAACUCUUUCGAUCAACUCUUUUUGUAAGAUUGCAUGAAGUGCUCCAGAUCGAGACCAAUCGUCAUUUGGGCAAGGAAGACCAAUAGCUCGUUGCCACGUCACAGGUCAGCAUGACGUGGCAACGAGCUAUUGGUCUCCACUGCCCAUAGGUUGCGACGUCGCAGAUCAGUGUUGAGGCCUACAAUAACGGUUGGUCUCGUCCAGAGAUUGAAGAUUAUAGACACGACUAGAUCGUGUGUGUUUUUGAGUGUUGAGUCUGUACUCAAAUAUUUUCUUUAGUUUUCUUUUGAUGUUAGGACUGACUGUGAACUGAGUCAUUUGAAUGCUGGAUGUUAGGGCUACUCUAAGCAGUGUGGUGUGGAUGCUGGAUGUUAGGGCUACUCUAAUCAGUGUGGUGUGGAUGCUGGAUGAUAGGGCUACUCUUAGCAGUGUGUUGUGGAUGUUGGAUGUUAGGGCUACUCUAAGCCGUGUGUUGUGGAUGUUGGAUGUUAGGGCUACUCUAAGCCCUGUGUUGUGGAUGCUGGAUGUUAGGGCUACUCUAAGCCGUGUGUUGUGGAUGUUGGAUGUUAGGGCUACUCUAAGCAGUGUGUUGUGGAUGUUGGAUGUUAGGGCUACUCUAAACAGUGUGUUGUGGAUGUUGGAUGUUAGGGCUACUUUAAGCAGUGUGUUGUGGAUGCUGGAUGUUAGGGCUACUCUAAGCAGUGUGUUGCGCAUGCUGGAUGUUAGGGCUACUCUAAGCAGUGUGUUGUGGAUGCUGGAUGUUAGGGCUACUCUAAGCAGUGUGUUGUGGAUGCUGAAUGUUAGGGCUACUUUAAGCAUUGUGUUGUGGAUGUUGGAUGUUAGGGCUACUCUAAGCAGUGUGGUGUGGAUGCUGGAUGUUAGGGCUACUCUAAGCAGUGUGUUGUGGAUGCUGAAUGUUAGGGCUACUCUAAGCAGUGUGUUGUGGAUGUUUGAUGUUAGGGCUACUCUAAGCAGUGUGUUGUGGAUGUUGGAUGUUAGGGCUACUCAUCCGUGUGUUGUGGAUGCUGGAUGUUAGGGCUACACUGAGCAGUGCAGCGUGUUGUGGAUGCUGAUGCCUGAGCGGCUAUGAACUAUGUGUUUUGGAGAUUGAUAAUUGGUCGGCUGUAAAUUAAAUAAUUUGUAUGUUAAUAUUAGUGGGGACUGUAAACUUGAGAAAUUUGGAUGUUAAUGUUUGAACGACUGUGUACUUAAGAUAAUGAUGUAAUGGCGAGACUUUGGCUUGUUCUAAAUAAAUUUGACGUUAGAGUUACUAUGAAUUUCUUUCAUUUUUAAUAGUUUUCGACUAUUCGGAUGCAGCUUCUAAACUAUAGACUGAAAAAAAAAAGAAAA